GUAGCUGUAAAAUGCAAAAGAGAGAGGAGAACUGCUCUAGGGUGACUCGCACACACUUCAUAGGUGUUAGUGUUACUCCCUCUCCCUUGUGGUUUAGCUGCCUCAGUUGCUCACCCAUUCUUACACACUAUCUUAUGUACUUCUCUAGUUUCAGUUACAUCAAACCUUUACACAAGUCGCUUUAACAAAGCGGUUUAAAAAAAAAACUUCAUGAUAAUUCUCCUCUGCUUCUCCAUGCAUUCUCAGUAAACUCAUUCAGUCAGCGAGAACUCAAACUCUCACGUGACAGAAACUCUUCAUUUAUGUGCUAGGCGGCUUCCAGAUAUGCGUGCGCACCAGACCCACGUGCACCACGUACAUAUAAUAGUAAGAAUACCUUUACAAAGAAUGACUACAAUGUUGUCGGCUAUCUGUUUUUGUCUUAAGAACGCUUGAGCCUAAUCGGGUGAGUAGUCGAAGCACUCCAUCUCUAUCUGCUUUUAAUAUGAAAGGUUUGAUCAUUCCGAGGUUCCCGGCUCGCCAAAAUAUAGGGAGUGUACUGUUUUGAGGAUCUGUUCAGCAUCUACAUGCUAGCCUUAUGCAAGUCUUUAGCUUCUAGUUUACGGUAACUGCUCGGUGAAAGCUUUCCUUUUGACUAGAAUGCAACAGCAAGACAACAACAGUCUCUCACAGUUUAGAUAAGUCUAAAUCCGCGGCACUGUUUAUUGACAGACCGGCUGAAGAACCGUCACAUUCUCGCUGUCAAAAUAAGAGUAUCCGUGUUGUACAGAAGCUCGUCUGAAUAAAUAAAUAAACAAAAAUUGACCAGUGUAGAACAAGACUUGCAUUCUUAUGCUCACUUUAACAGCUAAAAGCUAAAGGUAAAUUUUCUACAGUCUUUUCUAGCUUUAGAAAAUGUUGUUGCGGUUCAAUAACAACAACUUUUCAGGGUACAGCAACCAUUACCUCUCUCUCUCUUUUUGUCCCCCUGCCGGUACCCGUAUUUCGCCUAAACUAUUGGUCAACAGCUGUCUGUAUACGGAUUUAAUAAAACAAACAAAACAUUAACACUGUGAAACCGUUUUGUCCUACUUUGGUUAUCGGCCACAAACACGGAGCACAAGCGCACUGUGAUAAGAUGUUGUGGUGUUGCAGUCUGGCUCUGUCUUGUCUUACAGAGAGCUCGUUUACAUCUACAGAGCAACAAGCAUUCCACAGUAGUGAUGGCUAUGCAGCAGGAGAAAAAACACCAGCCAGUUGGGGAUGUGGAAGCUCCAGAUGGAGGUUGGGGCUGGGCGGUGGUGGUUGCACUCUUCAUGGCUUCAGCCCUAGUUUUUGGGCUCAUCCGCAGUCUGGGGGUUUUCUUUGUGGAGUUUGUGCAGUACUUUGGGGAGAGUGCUCAGGCUGUUUCCUGGAUAACCUCCAUAGGAGUGGCCAUGCAGCAAUUACUGAGUCCUAUAGGCACAGCUGCUUGUAAUGCAUACGGGGCUCGUCGUGUUGUAAUGAUCGGAGGUGUUCUUUCUGGACUGGGAUUCAUGCUGGCUUCUCAGGCUACAACACUCACACACCUCUACCUGACCAUGGGACUCAUUUCAGGGUCAGGCUGGGCUCUAGUGUUCACCCCUACAAUAGCCUCUGUGAUGGAGUAUUUCAGCACUCGGCGUGCUCUAGCUAUGGGCCUUGGCUUCACGGGUGUGGGUUUAUCCUCCUUUGUGUUCUCUCCACUUUUCCAAUACCUGGUAGACUUCUACGGGUGGCGCGGGGCACUCCUGAUUCUUGGCGGUCUCAGCUUCAACAUUGUGGGCAGCGGUGCCCUUAUUCGACCACUCAGACCCAUUAAAGUUGUGGAAAUGAGUAAAAGCAACAGCGUGUCUGAUAACUGCAGGUCUUUCUUUUCCCGUUCCUGUGAGUAUUUUGAGCUGUCGCUGCUCUUGCAUCGAGGCUUCAUCAUCUACAGCUUGGCUGUCACAUGCUUCAACGCCGGGUACUUUAUUCCGUAUGUCCACCUUGUGGCCCACAGCCGCCUUGUGGGCUUCAGCGAAUUCCAGGCUGCAUUUGUCAUUUCCAGCACGGGUGUGACAGACAUUUUGGGGCGUGUGGUAUCCGGCUGGGCCUCGGAUUUGAGGCAUUUGCGCUCGCUCCACCUACUGACCAUAUGGACGGCUUUAGUGGGUCUGUUCCUCCUACUGCUGCCCCUCUGCUCACUACAAGGGCACUACUCUGGUCUGCUGACAGUCAGCCUGGCAUAUGGCUUCUGUGCCGGUGCUAUGACCCCACUGGUGUUUUCUGUGGUGCCAGAGAUUGUGGGCAUGGAUCGCAUGGUCGGUGCGCUAGGACUCCUGCAGCUUAUUGAGAGCGUAGGAGGCCUACUUGGAGCGCCACUGUCAGGCUGGUUGAAGGACCUCACAGGUUCUUAUGUAUUUUCCUUUGUGGUAGCCAGUGUCUUUCUCUUCUUGGGUACCAUAAUAACAAUGACUCUUCCCUAUUUCUGUACCUGUACCAACCCCCCGCCCCUAUCACCAAAGAAGAAGACUAAAAAUGAGUCCACUGAAGCUGAUCCACUUAAACAGGUUUUACCUGUGGACUCCAUAGAGAAUAUACAAAACCCGGAUAGGAUUCCAGAAACACUCCCGUCUCAGAACCACCUAACAGAAACAAGUCUGGAAGUGAAAGACGCACCUCUCAGUGCAAACUGGACAGGAAGUGAGGCUACUUGCUGAUUGGCUGGAGGAGCAGUAUGGGCUCCCCAUAGGAAUCAUAUUGACCAAUUAUUCUUUUUACUGUGAAAGAACUCAUUGUUGGACAGCGUUUACAGAGAAACUGUCAAUAGCAGGUAAAUCUAAACCUGACAAAGAACCAUCAUUAAAAAAAAUUGUAUACCACCUCAAGAUCAAGCCAGAAAACUGUGCCAGUUUUAGACACAAAUUCAUCUUUGUUAGAAUCUUUAUAUGUUAAUUGUUAUUGUUUACACCUAAACCAACACUGUAUACUCCUAUGCAGCUUUGCUUUAUUCUUUCAUACCAAUCAAAUAUAGGAAAUUGCCAGGAACUACAGGAAUCCGCAAUGAUCACACAAACCACAUUAAAAGUGUACCAGAUCACAUUUUUGCUGACAUUUUAUUGAUUUGCUGGCAGAUUAUUGGACGUGUUGCUGAACAUAUCUCACUAUAUAUCAUGUUGCGCCAACAUCAGAAACAGUUCCACAUUUAACGCACAGUAUGCACUGUGUUGCAAAUAGGAAAAGACUGCUGAAAUCCUACACCACUGGUUCCCCUAAGCAGUCCACACAUCAGCUGAGCAGUGUCGGCUGCAUGGGGUCCUCUGCGUGUGUAGUAAUUGUGAUCACUGAGCUACACCAUGCACUUCAUCUAUUGAAGUGUUCUAGGUUCUAGUUUUUUUAAUGUCAGUAUGAAUUUGAAGAAGAACUUGAAGCAUUGCAGAUUUCAUGAGUUUACUGAACCAGCAGCAAGAAGACAAAUAUUUUUACAUACUAUAAUUGUUUAAUUAAUUCUGAAUGUCAUGUUCAGUACUCACAGGAAUUCUAGCUGAAUGUCACAGCAUUCAAAUGCUGCAUUUUUGGUCAGAAUUGUAGGCAUGUAGACAUGCUGUGAAGAUGACCUUUACCCUGGCAUUAGCAGAGGCACGUUCAAGGGACACAAGUUUAGUGCUGUGUAAUGAGUAACCUACUUUUAUUAUUAUACUUUUAAAACUCUUAGUCAAUAACAUGCCUUUUAUAGCCCACAUAUUAUACUGUUUUUUUUUUUUAAAUUAGGAUUUUUAGGUGUCUUUUGGCCAUAUGGUGGUCUAAAUUUGUUUGCAUAAGAUGUAGGUAUUAUGGUGUGGUGGAUUAUGGUUUAAGCUUUUUGACAUCUUCCAGUUGGCUUGGUUAGAAAGCAAAUUUAACACAGAAGUCUCAUGGCCUUUUAAGGACAUUUAAACUGUGGCAUUGUAAAAAUGUUCAAACCUUUUUUUCUUUUCUUUUUUUUUUUUUAAUUCUACUAGGAGUAUUCUAAAAAAAAAAAUAAUUAAAUGCUAAAAUGCAAAAUAAAUGUUUGAGGUUUAAAUGUAAGUUAUGUUUAACUUUAGCAAUUUCUUUUAAUUAUGUGUUCAUAUUUUGACCAUGUAAAGCAAAGCUGAGAGUUUUUACCAGUGAGACAUUCCGUUGUACCACUGAUAUUGCUUAUAGAAGAACAGAUGUAGCUCUUGCUAGUUUGUUAUCUUAUUCACAGGUCUACAGGUGGACUCAUGAGCAAUUUGGUUAGAUACUUGAGUCAAACUUGUACAUAUUUUAGCCAGCCAUGCUUGUUACUGUUAUUUUACAUCAGUGGAUGAACAAAAUUAGUUACUUAUUUAACGUUAUUUCAGCUUCUCUGAGGUCACUGCAACAAAUCUGUUGAAAUCAUCAAAUUAAACAUUAUGUGUGCUGAAUGACCAAACCAUUUUUCAGCAGUUAAUCUCCAAGGCCCUGCACAUUGUAUUUUGCUAUCUUAUGUCUUACUAUUCAUUGUAAUUCAUGUAAUGCUCAUGAUUAAAAACAGACAUAGGGUUAUUAUAUGGUGUAUAGGGAUUAUUUAAUUGGAUAUUAGCAGCCUGAUUUGACAUUCCCUGUCACAAAACAGGAAGUAGAUCAGAGUCUACUUCUCGUGUGCAUUCUAAGACAUUUUUGUAGCCGUGUGUGAGCCACUGAAUUAUUCUGAAAGCUGUGUCAAUGUCUUUGAGCUCUUAAAAAUAAACAUAUGAGCCUUAAUCUACUGUAGCCAUUAGCUCCUCUACUGCAAAACACCAGGUAUACAAGAUCAGUAAAGUAAACAGGGCUGAAUCUGGUACACAUACUGCAAACCUCCGAAACUGGGAACCUUCAAAAAAUGAAACCUUGGAAUUUAUUUCAUAAGCAUCCCUAAUGAUUGCUGAUACAAUAUGCAUACUUGCAUAUUAACCCUAACCCAGGAGCAUUUUUAAUUAGCUGUAAAUCCUUAUUUGAUAAAUUAUUCCAUACAUUAUCAUUUGACGUGAAGUUGUUUUAUUCCUUUUAUAAUAGAUCAUGUUUGUUUGUGUGUGUGUGCGCACGCAAACACUACUAGCUAAUGAAUUACUUGCUGUUGUCUUUUUAAACUAUUUUCUUGAACAAACCUCAGGGUGCAUGGAAUUCAGUUGAUGUUUAAAAUAGCUGAGUUGUUUUGUCCCUGUCUGAUGACAUCAUGUGCCUCUGCUUUUGAUCAUGACUACAUCUACUUGAUUACAUUUGAUUGUGGUUUUAGUUCAGGUCUGUUUUUGUUUAAGACGUGUACAAUUACAUUUGAAUUAAUAAAUUAAAUUUUAAUACACAAAAUCCAAUAUUUUAUAUUGUUAAAAUUUAUUCCAGAAUAGCUUAAUAUACCCUUGAUUAAAUAAAAAGCUUGAUAAGCUUUUUUUUUUUUUUUUUUUGCAAUUG